UAUACCUAUGGCUGAAAAAUAACAUAAAGUCUUCUAUAGAAAUCAUAUCUUAAUAGUACCUACAAGAAACUUAGAAUUGCAACACAGACAUUUUAUGUUAGACAUUCUUAGCAUACUUCCACAUUCUAAAAAAGUACCAAUCAUUUAUUAUUUUUUUAGACCAAUAAAAUCAAAUAUGAAUAAUUGAGUUAAGUUAUUCCUUCACUUUGUGAAAAUCAUAAAUGUAAUACCUUUAUUGUAUUCCAUACAAUUUCAGAUCAACUUAUAUUAGUUUUUGGAUCUUACCCAUCAGGACCUACAGUUUAAUUCUCAGUUCUUAAUAGUAAAUUCUAAUAUUUUUAUUUCUAGUUACUACUAUUAGAGAUCUUUAGUUGGCUGGAAAUUUCUCAAAAAAAGGAAGAGUACUUCUUUAAUUUGAUUAGCGAUUUAAUACAAUCAUUAAAUAUAAAUUACUUAAAGAAAUAAUUACACUCUUAUUCAAUGUUCCAUAACCUAGAUUUACAGAUAAUUUUAUUGAUAGAAUCUUUACAUUUACUACUGAAGGUGAAGCACAAAAUAGAAUUUGGUUUAGAUCAUUUGAAAUUUAUCAAUCAAAAGAUUUAAGAGAAAUAGGCCCUAGAUUUGCAUUAGAAUUGAUUUCUAUUGAUGAAGGCAUUUCUUCUGGAAAUAUAUUAUAUUAAGGUUCCUAACUCCAAAACACAUAAACUAAAUUCAAAUAAAAAAUUAGAAAAAGCGAAAAAAAAUUUGAAAAAAUUUUGAAUGAGAUCAAUCUAAAAGAAGAAGAAAUCGAUAUUGAAGAAAAUGAAUGA